UAACAACUUAUUUGUGUACUAGCUUACUGUUUCCUUAAAAAUGUAUUAUAUUUUUUGCAGGUUGAGGACCAGGCUAAGAUAUCAAAAAUUCAAUGAAUAUGAAGUAAUUGCCCAUAUAGUAUAAUUAUUUACAAUAUAUACUGCAAGUCAUAAAGAUUUCUAAAAUGAAAGCACUGGACAUUCUGCUUUACUUAAAUUGGCUAUUAACUUUAUAUGAAUCAUCGCCGCAAAUAGCUUCAUCACCUAUCGAAACACAGGAACAUAUUCUCCAUAUGUACAUUCUAUAUCUAGAACUUGAGAAAAUAGAGUGUUUACAAAGUAAACGAAAGUUUUGGGUUCGACCAAUCUUCAGUGUUCAACGUCGAAGAGCACAAGGUGCAAGUGACAAUCUAGUUUUCGAAAUGGAAACUGAAGACAAAGAACAAUAUUUAAAAUACUUGCGCAUUACAAAGAAAAUGUUUUACAAACUAUUAAAAAAAGUUCAACCUCACAUUAAAAAAAAAUAUGUGAUUCGAAAACCAAUUCCAACUCAUACCAGAUUGCAUAUUUGCCUUCGUUAUCUUGCUUCUGGUGAUUCCAUGGAAUCUAUUGCCUAUCAAUUUCGAGUUGGACACAAUACAGUAUCGAAAAUUGUAAGAGAAACCUGUAGAGCUAUUUGGAUAUCUUUAAAAGGUAUAGCUUUUCCUCGAUUAACAAAAGAAGGGUGGUUAUCCCAUGCAAGGAGUUUUGAAGAAAAGUGGAAUUUUCCUCACUGCAUCGGUGCAAUCGAUGGAAAAUUAGUUGUUAUGCAGGCUCCACCGAAUUCUGGUUCUCAGUAUUAUAGCUACAAGUCAAGGUUUAGCAUGAAUUUAAUGGCAAUAAGCGAUGCACACUAUCGAUUCAUUGCGCUUGAUAUUGGUGCACCAGGAAGAAGAAGCGAUGGUGGAGUAUUUGCUGAAAGCGUUAUGUUUAAGAAAUUUUCAACAAAUACAUUCGAUGUACCUAAGCCAGAAGCAAUAAAUGCAAAUACUCCUGCUCUACCGUAUGUUCUUGUUGCGGAUGAAGCAUUUUCAUUAACAAGUUACUGUAUGAGACCUUAUCCUCGAAGCAAGCAAUUAAAUAUUAAGAAAAAGGUAUUCAACUACCGUUUAAGUCGAGCAAGGCGAAUGGUAGAAAGUGCUUUCGGUAUCCUUACAGCUCGUUGGAGGAUAUACAGGAAGGAAAUCAUAGGCUCCACGACACUGGUUAAAAGGAUUAUUCAAGCUACUACAUGUCUUCAUAAUUGGAUAAUAACAGAGUCUUUGAGUAAUCCUGAAAAUAACUAUCAGUACACUCAUUUAACACCAGUUGAACGAUUGCAACCCGUGAACGGAUUACAGAGUAUACCAACACAAAAUGAAAUGGCACAACAGACUUUAAAUAAUCCCAAUGAAAAUACAGUGCGCAAUAAUUUUGCUGACUACUUUGUUUCGCCCGAAGGAUCCUUAUCAUGGCAAUAUGAGAAAGUGCUACAAAAUGACUUUUAAAAUUUCGUUUUCAAUUACAAUUUUAUUACAAAUGGGAAAAUGCAGAAGUGCAAAUAGCUACAUAUUUAUUAUAAAUAAAAUUAUCCUUUUUUAUUACAUUAGGUAUUUUAAAAAGUGGCGUAUAAAUAUUUAUGAAACCUUUCUCCCAUACAUACCGUGAAUAUAAUUUAAAAAGAUACAAACUUAUGAAAGUAACUCAAAUAUUUGAUUUUUUUAGAAUUCUUUUCAGCAUAUAAUAUUUAACAAAAUACUAAUGAUUAUAACAACUUUCGGAAGUCUGAAGAUCAUCACUUUUUAGCAAAAGCAAUUAUUACAAAACGUUUUGAUAUUUGGUUUUUUUAUAAUAUCUUGCAGUGAAUUAUGAAAUAAUUUAUAUCUAGUAAUACAUUUUUUAUAACGUAACUAUAACAAAAAGAACUUUUUAAUCUUCCAAUAUUUAACAUUUAUAAACAUUUAUGCUUACAACAACUUUCCGAUUUAUUAAGACUAUUUAAUACUUUUUGGCAAAACCAACUAUAAAAAAAGGUUUGAUAUUUGGUUAUUUUCUAGUGCCUUGCAAUAACAUAAAACAAAUUAU